CCGCCGCAACGCAAGCAGAAGUACAGCACAGCACAGCACAGCACACACCGUCACUGACACUGACCUGUAACUUGACGGCGCAACUCGGUUUCUCUUUUAUUCAGCUGCCUUGAGUAGGCUCCGACGAAACCUCCCUAUUCUGUCCUCCGCCUCGACACGCAUAUAAAGCAACAGUAGCUCUCAUUGCUCUAUCCCAGGGCUGAUUGAGCUUCGACGAGCCCCCAUCGCUUCCCUCACAACCCCUGGAUAAGCAUCGACCAGACGGCCCAACCGCUGGGUCUGUCCUCCCAAGAUGAGUUCCCGUACGGCACCGACGAGCUAUCCUCCGCGAUCUGAUCAGUCAGAGGCUUACCUUUACUUUUGCUCGGGAUAGUCAAGCAGUUUAUUCGAAAUGUGCGUGCGGCCAAGACGAUCGCCGACGAGCGAGCUGUCAUUCAGAAAGAGAGCGCUGCCAUCCGCGCCAGCUUUCGAGAGGAGAGCCACGAUCCCAACAUUCGUCGCAACAAUGUCGCAAAGUUACUCUACCUGUUCACCCUUGGAGAGCGAACCCAUUUUGGACAGAUCGAAUGCUUGAAGCUCCUCGCCUCCCCUCGAUUCGCCGAUAAACGUCUGGGACACCUGGCUACAAGUUUGUUGUUGGAUGAGAAUCAAGAAGUCUUGACAUUGGUUACCAACUCGCUCAAGAACGAUCUCGGACAUUCCAACCAAUAUGUCGUUGGACUUGCUCUCUGUACACUAGGAAACAUCGCCUCGAUUGAGAUGUCACGAGAUCUCUUCCCCGAAAUCGAGACCCUUGUAGCCACAGCCAACCCAUAUAUUCGAAGAAAGGCGGCUCUGUGCGCAAUGCGCAUAUGUCGAAAGGUUCCAGACUUACAAGAGCACUUCAUUGACAAGGCGACACAGCUUCUGUCCGACAGAAACCACGGCGUCUUGCUCUGCGGUCUCACCCUGGUGACAAGUCUCUGCGAGGCAGACGAGGAGGAGGGCGGAGAAGAAGGAAUUGUUGAAAAGUUCAGGUCUUUUGUCCCAGGACUUGUCAGAACUUUGAAAGGGCUCGCUACUUCAGGUUACGCACCCGAACACGACGUUACUGGCAUUACCGACCCCUUCCUGCAGGUCAAGAUCCUUCAUCUGCUGCGAGUCCUGGCUGUGGGUGAUGCAGAGACCAGCGAGCAGAUCAACGAUAUCCUAGCCCAGGUUGCUACCAACACCGAAUCAUCCAAGAAUGUUGGAAAUUCCAUCCUGUACGAAGCUGUGCGCACGAUUCUCGAUAUCGAGGCCGAUUCUGGAUUGAGGGUGCUCGGUGUCAACAUUCUGGGCAAGUUCCUCACCAACCGCGAUAACAACAUCCGAUACGUGGCUCUCAACACCCUGAUCAAGGUCGUCGCCAUCGAGCCCAAUGCUGUGCAGAGACAUCGAAACACCAUCCUGGAAUGUUUGAGAGACCCUGAUAUCAGUAUUCGCCGCCGAGCUCUGGACCUGAGCUUUACCUUGAUUAACGAGAGCAAUGUUCGAGUGUUGAUUCGGGAGCUUCUUGCCUUCUUGGAGGUUGCCGAUAAUGAGUUUAAGCCAACAAUGACCAGCCAGAUAGGUAUCGCCGCUGACAAGUUUGCGCCUAACAAACGAUGGCACUUCGAUACAAUGCUCCGGGUUUUGUCUCUUGCCGGUAACUACGUCAAGGAGCAGAUCCUAUCAUCGUUUGUUCGCCUUGUCGCUACCACCCCUGAGCUACAGACGUAUGCGGUUCAAAAACUGUAUAUCAACCUUAAGAAAGACAUUACUCAGGAGAGUCUGACGCAAGCAGGUGCUUGGUGCAUCGGCGAAUAUGCAGACGCUCUGCUCAAGGGUGGACAAUACGAGGAAGAGGAGCUUGUCCAGGAGGUUAAGGAGCAUGAGGUUGUCGACUUGUUCUCCUUGAUACUUAACAGUGCAUACGCCACACAAGUGUCCACGGAGUACAUUGUGACAGCCUUGAUGAAGUUGACAACCCGCUUCUCUGACCCAGCUCAGAUUGAGAAGAUCCGAAGGAUCCUGCAAUAUCACCAGACCAGCCUCGAUAUCGAGAUUCAACAGCGAGUCGUUGAAUAUGGCAACCUCUUCAGCUUCGACCAGGUCCGACGUGGAGUGCUCGAGAAAAUGCCUAUUCCUCAGAUCAAGGAGGAGUCUCGUGUUCUUGGACAAGCUCCUACAAAGAAGAAGACCGCCAACAGGAAGUCAAGAGUCAUCAAGCCAACAGAACAAGACCUCCUGGAUAUUAUGGACGCGCCUGCUGCGUCACCAGCUGCUCCCUCAACGACAAACACUGAUCUCCUCGCCGAUAUCUUAGGUGGUACCUCUUCUCCUACUCCAUCUGCCUCCUCGCCGCCUCCUCAGCAAUCCAAUGUAUCGAACAUCAUGGACCUAUUUGGCUCUGCCCCCGUGCCAUCUACAGCUUCUCCUGCCCCACCUUCAUCGAACCUCGACCUCAUGUCUCCCGUGUCGUCAGCACCUCAACCUCAGGCAUCGCAGGCACCUGCUGGUAUUCCCUGCUAUAACGCGAAUGACCUUAACGUGACAUUCCAGAUCCAACGCAACGCGGAGGGUAUGAUUCAAGCCACCGCAAAGUUCAUCAACACUUCUGGUUCAGCGAAUCUCUCCAAUGUAUCUCUACAAGCUGCCGUUCCCAAGUCUCAGAAGCUGCAACUGCUGAGCAUCUCUUCAUCGGACCUCGGACCUGGGGCUGAAGCCAGCCAGAUGAUGCGAGUGUCCGGAUGCAAGGGGCCUCUGCGUCUGCGCUUGAGGAUUGGAUAUACGCACCCAACUGCUGGACAGGUCAUGGAUCAAGUCAACUGGACAGAGUCGUCCUAGAUAUGUUUGGUAUGACGAUUUACGGGACAAAGAGGCAUAUGGUGCCUUGGAGAAGGCAAUGUAACUCGAGGUUAUGGACUACAGGAGCUGGACUUGGAGAAGAUAGAAUUCUAAAACGGACGGUAAAGCAUUGUUCUUUGCAACAAAAUUUUAUGCAAUAAUCAAAUUCGCCGAAGCGUGCAAUAUCAUCUUCGUUGUCUCUAGGAAGAUGUAGGUGUGUACUCU